CAUUUUGAGCACUCGGAUCUUCUGCAAGACAUCAGCCGGCCGUUCAGUUUGAAUCACCCAUAAAUUUCCAUUUGUAUCCUUAACAACUGCAACGCAAUGGCUUCCUUGAAAAUUACCGCACUGAUCCUUGCAGCUAUGGUUGUCGUAGCUUACGCCGAAGAGGCCGCAAAACGGGACUUGGAUUCUUCAGAGUCUAAAAAGAAAGGCUACCGUGGAGGUUACAGCAGUGGAUACGGUGGUCACGGCGGAUAUGGUCAAUCUCACUACCAGCCAUCCUCUUAUGGAGGUUACAGCAGCGGAUACGGUCACGGAGGAUAUGGACAAUCUCACUACCAACCAUCUUCAUACGGAGGUUACAACAGCGGAUAUGGUGGACACUCUGGAUACAGCCAAAGUUAUUACCAACCUUCCUACCAGCCUUCUUACUCUUACCAACCUUCCUAUCAGCCUUCCUAUUCCUACCAACCUUCCUAUUCUCACUCCUAUCAGCCUUCUUACCAAUCCCACUCCUACCAGCCAUCCUACCAGUCGUCGUACUCUUACGAACCAUCCUACUCCCAUUACUAAAUCUGUCAUUACGGUUUUACAUAAUCGCUAUUAGCAGAGCAAUAAAAUAUUUAUCCCC